AUUGCUGUAUUUUUAUUUCCUCGCCGGUUGAAAUAGUGAAAAUGUCCAGCAAAAAGUUUAGCGACAUUAAUCUGUACGAUCUGCUUGGAAUAUCCAUCGAGGCCGAGCAGAAUGAAAUACGGAAAGCGUAUCGAAAGCGCGCCCUUGACUGCCAUCCGGACAAGAAUCCCGACAAUCCGCAGGCGGCGGAACGCUUCCAUGAAUUGUCCAAGGCCCUGGGUAUCCUCACAGAUGACACCGCCCGAGCUGCCUACGACAAGGUGCUCAGGGCAAAAAAGGCCGCCGAGCUGCGGAGCAAACAGUUGGACAGUAAACGCCAGAAACUGAAGCAAGAGCUGGAGGAGCGCGAACUAGCGGCCCUGCACAAGCUCCAUUCCAGCCAACCGUACAGCACCGUGCGCAAGAGUGAUGAGGACGUGCUGCAGGAGCAAAUCGAGCGUCUGCGCCGUGAAGGAUCCAAGCUGCUGGAGGAGGAGCAGCAGGCCAUGAAGGAGCAGCUGCAACGCACCUAUGCGGAGAAGCACAAGCCGCAGCAGGCCACAUUCGACUCCGCCCAGCACCGCAUCAAGAUCAAGUGGAAGACCGAUAAGGGUGACUAUAGCCAAGAGAAGUUGCUAAAGUUUCUCAAGAAAUACGGCGAGGUGGUGGCCCUCGUGAUGAAUACCAAAAGAGGCGGACGCGCCAUGGUGGAGCUGACUACGCGCGAAGCCUGCGACAUGAUCCUGGCCUAUGAGAAGGGCGACUCCUCCAAUCCUCUGCACUUUGAGUGGGUAACACCGCCGGCCGAGGAGAAGCGGAGUGCUUCGACAGCAGCCAGCAACAAUUCUCCGCUGGACUAUGAGGACUUGGUUAUGCGCAAGCUUCGACAGGCCGAAGAGCGCAAGCGUUUAAUAGCAGAAAUGAUGAAGGAUGAGCAGGCCAACGAAUAACCGCUAAUUCAACUCAAUUUUAUUUAAGUUUAUUAUAAAAUACGUUGUUAAACUUAAAUCACUGUAAUUAGACUAAUUUUAGUUGUAGAUCAAACACAACAAGUUGACAGUUCUUAAAUCACAGUAAUUAGGCUAAAUUUAG